UACCGAUAACAAGGUAUUCGGUAAUUGGUGUUAUCGGCAUUGUGUACAAGGCCGUGAGUUAAGGUAUUUUGAAGAAAUAUUAUGAUUUAUUCACUUGAUUACUCCGUCUGUUCGGUAGACGGGUAAUAGGUAAAGAUUUAGGCAGGUAUGGUUUGGACCGCCAAGUACAAUAGACAUCAUCUUCAAGAAAUAUAUUCAGAAUUUGAUAAUGAGUUUCUUCUUUACCUUGCAAAUAGUGCCUUUGGAUAUUAUACUGAUCAAAAACCUGAAGAACGUAACACAUCCAUUAUAGAUGAAGCAGAAAUAGGACCAUUACUUGAUUGCAGUGGUUUGAUGACUUUUACACUAUUUACUAGAGAUUCUCCAGGGGGCUGGUUAGUUGAUGAUCCAGACAAACUACCAAAUUAUUUAAAAAAGACAGAAAUUAAGUUUGUAACUCAUGGUUGGCUCUCUAGAGGAACAGCAGAAACAUGUGUCGAAAUAAAAAACGCUUUUCUCGAAAAAUAUGACAUUAAUGUUUUUGUUGUGGAUUGGAGUUCUAUAACUGACAAUAUACUUUAUUCUGUUCCUGCUCAGGGCGCACCUUGUAUUGGAGAAGAAUAUGCAAAAUUUAUCAACGAUCUUAUAGAAAAAUUUAACGUCAACCCAAAAGAUAUUCAUUUAAUAGGGCAUAGCCUCGGAGCACACGUGUCAGGAUUUGCUGGCCGAAAAGUCAACAAAAAAAUUUCCAGAAUAACGGGUUUAGACCCAGCUGCGGUAGGCUUUCAGAUUAUGCAUAUUAAUAAGAAUGAUGCUGACUUUGUAGAUAUUAUUCACACAGCUGCAGGACUUGUAGCUGUCUUAGAGCCUAUAGGACAUGCUGAUUUUUAUCCCAACGGUGGUACAAUCCCACAACCUGGAUGUGGUAUUUUGAGUGUUUUGAAUUCUUGCAGUCACUCAAGAAGUUGGCAACUAUUUGCAUUUAGUAUUAAGCUGGACCAACAAUUCAUAGCCCAUAAGUGUGAGACGUUAGACGAUGCAUUUCUUUCAAAUUGUAAGGGCGAACUUUUUCCCAUGGGAUAUCCUACUCCACCUACAGCUAGAGGGAUCUUCUACGUAAAAACUUCUUCCGUAGAACCUUAUAUAGAACCGUAAAACCAAUGAGUUUUUUAUAUCAUUAAUAUAAUAGAUUCACACAAAUAAAAGUCGUUGAUUUUGUUUUUUUUUUAAAUAAAGAACUAUUUU